AUGGAAGAGGCCUAUGAUCAAUUGGUUAGUGUACCAAUAAACAUCCGCAGGAAAGGAUUGGUUAUCGAAAAACGUUUCGUUUAUGGUAUUGAUUGGCCUUCAGAACUAACCACAGCAAACUGUAUUGAUCUGAAGCACAAUCAAUGGAAGUUUAUGGUUAUGAAGUUAAAUAAUGAAACAGUAGGUUUUGAAGGGCCGAGUUGGGAAGAUUUUCAUGACUAUUAUUACAAUAGUUUGAAAUGUGUCAAUGUAAUUGUUGUCUACACUGGAAAUCUUUUAUUCCAUUUAAGGCUUUACAACAAUGAAGGCUACUGUUGCAACCUAGACAUUGUUGGUUCGGAUACAUCUGAAGGUGAAGUUGACACAGUAGAUUAUCUCUGCAGCAACGGUGACCAGAACACAUUUUCAGCAACAAUGACUGAAACUGUGAUUUCUCAUAGCAGAUUAGAGAUACCUUGGCAUAUAGUCCGAAGACUAAAGUUAGAAGAUUACACAAAUGCUAUUUUGUACUAUGAUGGAGUUCCUGCACUUAACAUGCAUCGAAUUGUGAUAAAUGACAAUCCAUAUCGGUUUGUCAUUGAAGGUGAUCUCAAGUACAUGAUGGAUUUGAAGAAGAUACCUUUGGGUAUAACUUUAGGUUUUGGUAUAGAUGCUCGCAAGGCAGUUAAUAAGGAAUAUCUGAUCCUAGAAGUUUUGUAG